AUGAAGUUCUCUGCUAUUAUCUCUCUGGCUCUGUUGAGCUCCUCAGCCACGGCAUUUGCCCCUGCCAGCAAGCCCGUUGCAAGCAGCACUGCUCUCAAUGCGGAGUCGUCCCGUCAAGAUUUCCUGAAGACCAUGUUCGCCGUGGCAUCGGUCCCUCUUAUCCAGGUGGUUGCCCCUGAAUCAGCGAGCGCUGCAAAAUAUGGUGGAUUCGGAGCUGGAUCACCCAAUGUCUUCGACCCAAAAGAAGCCAUUGUGGACGAGGACAUUUUGAAAUCUGGAGCCGUCCAGGAUGCUUUGGGAAAAGUCAAGGGAUACUCCAAUCUGGUCAAGGAAAUGAGUGCUGCUCUGGACCAAAACCCUCAGGUUGACCUGGGACCCACCAUCCGCAAACAAUUCGAUUUUGUGCAGUUGCGGUCUUCCCUGAACACAUUGAAUACCGCGUUUGACGAGGAUACACAACGCGGAACUGACCGUCUGAUUCGACUUGUGAUGCAGGAUCUGACAGAAUUGGAGACAUCGAACAGACAGAAGGACGGAAUUGUCCGAAGCGAACGCCGAAUGGAUAUCAUGAAAGGAAAGCUUGCAAAGUUGGGCACUUCCUUCGAUGACUUCUUGGCCUUCGCCAACUAA